GUGACCCAACUUGCUUGGCUUUUGGUUUAAGCAUAAAAGAAUAACUGAUCCCCAAGAACAGAAGAACCAGCACGAGAGGGGAAUUAGACAGACUCAGAGUUCCAGAAACUAGCAAAGGGGAUUCAGAAAAUUCAUAUCUUUGUUUAUCCACAUCUAUGGUUACCAGGCUCCGAAUGAAAAAAGUUCGAUUCUUUGCGCAAGUUAUUUCGCUGGCUUUCCUGGAAACAAGCUUCAAGCAUCUGGGUGUUUCUUUCCCUAUCUUUAUCUUCUCUUCGUGAAGGUUGAACUGGCCAAAGUUUGGAUCUUUUCUACUUGAAGGCGGUGAUCUUGGAGUUCAGAGUACGAUGGAUUCGUGGUAAUCUCAGAGAGAUCUGAGUGGGAAAGGACUUGUUAGCAAUGGAACCACCCGCGGGUUUACGGGCUUCAUUGUUGAACUUUAUUCGCUUUCUUCCUUACUUCAUCGGACUUCUGCUUCUAGGCAGCAUUAAAGGUAUCAUUUUUUGCCCAUUGAUAUGCUUAAUAAUCACCAUUGGGAACUCUACUAUCAUCAUUGGUCUUUGGGCAGCGCACAGUCUCUGGACAUAUUACUGCGUAGUGAGAGCUAAGCAAUUAGGGCCAAUUGUGAAGUUUGUUAUCUGCACAUGUGUUCUUCCUGUGCUGUUGAUUUUGUGGCCUGUGGUUGGCAUAGUUGGGAGUAUAAUUGGUGGAGCAGCGUAUGGGUUUUUCCAACCAAUAUUGGCAACUUUUGAAGCGGUUGGGGAAGGAAGGAGUGACACGUUUUACCACUGCAUUGUUGAUGGUACAUGGAGCGCAGUGAAAGGGAGCUUUACCGUUGUGAGAGAUGUAAGAGAUGUGUGUUUCUAUUCAUAUUUCUCGAUUAUGGAUGACUUGAGACAGAAGGGGCCUCCGGAUGUGAAAUAUCUCGAGAUCAGACUGUUAUAUCUUCCUGGCGCUAUUAUAGCAGGAGUGCUUGGUAUCCUAGUUGACGGGCCUGUGAUAUCAUUUGUGGCACUCUUCAAAAGUCCUUACAUGCUUUUUAAAGGAUGGAAACGUUUGUUUCAUGACCUCAUAGGUCGUGAAGGACCUUUCUUGGAGACAAUAUGUGUACCUUUCGCCGGUCUUGCUAUUCUUCUGUGGCCUUUGGCUGUUAUUGGGUCAGUUCUGGCGUCCAUGUUAGCGAGCGUCUUCCUCGGUGCUUAUGCAGGGAUAGUUGCUUAUCAGGAGUCUUCUAUCUUAUUUGGGCUCCGCUACAUUAUUGCGGCUAUGUCAAUUUAUGAUGAAUACAGCAAUGAUAUUCUUGACAUGCCAGAAGGAUCCUGCUUCCCCAGGCCUCAGUAUCGGAGAAAGAGUGAGUCAACAAAAUCAACUUCUCGUGCAUCUUCCUUCUCGAAACCCGGCUCCUUCAAAAAGACAUAUUCUCGCUCAUCUUCACUGAAAAAUACUAUUGGGGAACUAAAACCACUUGAGCUAUUAGACGGGUUAUUUAGAGAAUGUCAUAAUGCUGGAGAAAGAAUGGUUUCAGAAGGAUUAAUCACGCGUCAGGACAUUGAAGAAGCCAAGUCUGGUAAAGGAAGUAAAAUUAUCAGUGUUGGUUUUCCAGCAUAUUGCCUUCUUCAGGCACUAAUACGCUCUGCAAAAGCAAAUUCCACUGGUAUUUUAUUAACUGAUGAUAUAGAGCUGACUUCCACAAACAGACCAUCUGAGACUUUCUUUGAUUGGUUCCUUAAUCCUCUUUUGAUCAUUAAAGACCAAAUCAAAGCAGAGAAUCUCUCUCCCUCGGAAGAGGAUUACCUCAGCAAAUUAGUUCUUUGGAGUGGUGAUCUUGAGAGAAUAAAAAGUUCUAGCGUCGGCCCAGCUCCUGAACCGGAGCGCAAGCGUGCUGAGCUCGAUGGAUUGGCUAGAAGGCUGCAAGGGAUCAUGAAAUCGAUGUCGAGGUUCCCAACAUUCCGGCGGCGGUUUGAUUAUCUUGUGAACAAAUUGUCCGAUGAUCUUGCAGAGAAGCAUGGAGCUCAUCCAAUGGCCAGAUCAAAGAGUGCAUUUGGUCGGAUGAUUAGUCUCAAUUCUUUUAAGGGCAGAAAAACUAACGGGUCUGAUCAAGAGUCAGUACGUGUUGAAAGAGACGUGGAAAUUUCUUGACGCCAAUUUCUUGCUUGACAAUUUCAUCUUAACCUUAAAAGCAUCAAAUACGGUGUUAUACAUGUAGUGUAAUAGUCUUUAUUCUUAAUCUAUUUUUGCCUUCCAAGCGUCAUCACUA